UUUACCAUACGCAGCACUGAAGAGGCUGGUUCUAGAAUCAGGGCAUUGUGCAUUUGUGCCAUCUCUCUCUCUCUCUCUCUCUCUCUAUCUCUCUCAUAGUCUAUCUAGAUUUGGGUGCAGAAAUAAGCGUUUGAUGGGGUCUAUGCUCGGUGACUGGCCGUCGUUUGACCCUCACAACUUCAGCCAACUGCGACCGUCCGAUCCUUCUAGUCCUUCGUUCUAGUGGAAGAGGCUACGCCAAAUACAUGCCAGUUACCACCAUAGUACGAGUAAGGCUGAGAAUGACGCCUACAACUUAUCAUCCUACUCACAGCCGCACCCUUCCACCACCUGAUCAAGUGAUAACUACUGAGGCCAAAAAUAUCCUCUUGAGACACAUCUAUCAGCGUACUGAAGAGAAGGAUUUGAGACCGAAGAGAGCUGCGACUGAAAAUCUUAUACCCGAGCAUGGAUGCAAGCAACCAAGGGCAUCACCCUACUGAGCUCUGUCAGAGUCCAACAAAAUUAAUUUAUUUAAACGAUCUUGUCAUGGCAAAAAUGAGUGGUUUUGUUGUUGACUGAAGAGGGUAUUUGAAUGGUCAUUGUUGUAAAUUGCUUUGGCAGAAGUGAGAAAUGUACAUUUUCUGUUUACAGAUUAUGCAUAUAGUUGGGUGAUUCCUGGUUAUAGUUUACAGGGAAUGAAAUGAUUGGAGAUGCUGCUCUCGCCAAUUCACGUAAA